AUGGCUACGGCAGACGAGCUCAAGGCUCUGGGCAACAAGGCCAUUGCAGCCAAGAAUUACGACGAGGCCAUUGAGAAAUUUACAGAGGCUAUUGCGAUCGACCCGAGCAACCACAUCCUGUUCAGCAACCGGUCGGCGGCGUACGCUUCCAAGAAGGACUGGGACCACGCGUUGGAGGAUGCCGAGAAGACGACGACGCUGAAGCCGGACUGGGCCAAGGGCUGGAGCCGCAAGGGCACUGCGCUUUAUGGCAAGCGUGACCUGGUGCCGGCGUACGAGGCGUACAAGGAGGGCCUCAAGAUCGACCCGAACAACGCGGGGAUGAAGAACGACCUGGCGUCGGUGGAGCGGGCCAUGGACGCCGAACUGCGGACUGAAGGCGGUGCCAACUCGUUUGAAGGUCCGGGCCAGCAACUGUCCAACAUGUUCAGCGACCCCAACAUCCUGCAGAAGCUGGCGGCAAACCCGAAGACGGCCGCGUUUCUGGCCGACCCGACGUUUGUGCGGAACCUGCAGAACAUCCAGCAGAACCCGCAAAACUCGCAGGCCAUGUUCAGCGACCCGCGCAUGAUCCAGGUGAUGGGCGUUUUGAUGGGCGUGGACCUGGACUUUGCCGGUGCACCGCCGGCUGGUGGCAGCUCGUCGUCUCCUUUUGCAGCAGCAGCAGGAGAGCACGAGGAAGACGUGGACAUGACCGGAGGAGCAGCAGCAGCAGCAGCAGCGGCCGCGAAGCCGGAGCCAGAAGUUGAGCGGGUGGUCGAAGAAGUGAGCGAGGCCGAAGCAGAAGAGGACGAGGAAGAGAAGGCAAAGAAGGCGGCCAAGGAGGCAGCCGACAAGGAAAAGGCGCUGGGGACGGAGAACUACAAGAAGCGCAACUUUGACGUGGCGAUCGAGCACUACAAGAAGGCGUGGGAGCUGCACAAGGACGUGACGUACCUCAACAACCUGGGGGCGGCCUAUUUUGAGAAGGGCGAUUUCCAGGCGUGCGUGGAUGCGUGCACGACGGCGGCCGAGGAGGGCCGGGCCUCGUUUGCCGACUUCAAGACGAUUGCCAAGUCGUAUGCGCGCAUCGGGACGGCACAGGAGCGGCUGGGCAACAUGGAUGCCGCGAUCGAGAGCUACAACCGGUCGCUACGGGAGCAGCGGACGCCGGACGUGGUAUCGAAGCUGCGGGCGGCCGAGCGGCGGCGGAUUGACGAGGCACGACAGGCAUACGUGGACCCAGCCAAGGCAGAAGAGGCGCGCGAGACCGGCAACCGCAAGUUCAAAGAGUCGGACUGGCCGGGCGCCGUGGCUGCCUACAGCGAGAUGGUCAAGCGGGCACCCGACGAUGCGCGUGGCUACAGCAACCGGGCGGCUGCCUUUAUCAAGCUGCUCGAGUUUCCGAGCGCGCUCGAAGACUGCGACGCGGCCAUCCGCAAGGACCCGCGCUUCAUCCGCGCCUACAUCCGCAAGGCCCAGACGUAUCUGGGCAUGCGCAAGUACAGCGAGUGCGUCGACGCCUGCGCCGAGGCUGAUCGCGUCGACCGCGAGUUCCACGGCGGCGCCAACACCCGCGAGAUCGAACAGCAGCAGCAGAAGGCUCUGGGCGCCAUGUACAGCGCCCGCGAGAACGAGACCGAGGAGCAGACGCGCGAGCGCAUCAUGAAGGACCCAGAGAUCAUGGGCAUCAUGCAGGACCCCGUCAUGCAGACCAUCCUCCAACAGGCCCAGUCCGACCCCGCCGCCCUCAACGAACACACAAAGAAUCCCAGCGUCCGCUCCAAGAUCCAGAAGCUCAUCGCCGCUGGCGUCAUCCGUGUCGGCAGGUAA